UAGAGAUGACUUAAUGUCAGGGCAACCAGGAGACAACCCUGGCUCCAGGAGGAGAGAGCAGAGGAUGUCAAGGCAUGGGUAAAGCAAGAGAGGAGAGGAGAUAUGGAGUGAAAGAAAACAGAGAGGGAGAGCGAGCCAGUAUAAAUAAGAGGUAGAGAGGUAGAUUAACAAAGUGUGUUAAUUUUUUACUGUAAAUGAGAACCAUGAUGUGUCCGGUGAGAAUUUUGGUAGUGGAGAGGAACGUCAAAGCUCACCCUUAUCUGAGAGGUGUGUGACAGCGAGUGUAUGAGACGGUUCUGCAGACAUAGCAAAGAACAUCUGACCAUCCCAAACGCAGUCUGACCCUGAACCCUGCCCCCCCCCCCAACUCCCAUCCCCACUUCCAUCUCUCCCUUUCCCUCAUGAUGGCUGAGCCUCCAGAACCAGUGCACUUCCAGGGGGGCCAAGCAGCAGCAGAAGCAGCAGCACUCGGCUCUGAGCCGGGUGAGUCCACAGAGGUGGAGUGUCCCAUCUGCUACCACGAGUACAACCAAUAUGGCAAGUGUCCUCGCAUGCUGGAAUGCCUCCAUGUCUUCUGCACCGAGUGCCUCCAGAGAAUCCAGCUGUCCCCGUAUCCAGCUGAACCCGUGGACCCCCAGAGCCCUCGCAGCCCUGCCAUUUUCUGCCCCCUCUGCCGCCACCCCACCCUGCUGGAGACCGGCGACCCCCUCACCCUGCCCUGCAAUUCCUGCAUCCUGGCUCAACUACCCCCCAUGGCUUUCUGCACACCCGUGUCGAUGGCUGCCCACUUGGCCACCGUCACCCAGAGGGUGGUCCUCUCCCUGGAUACCCGCUUCAUCAUCCUGCCCACAGUGAGCCUAAGGGUGGAGCAGAUGCACCCAAGCGAUAGGCCCCACGGUGGAGGUGUGGGCCUGGUGGGUGAGGUGGAGGUGCUGCAGCACCACAGGAGGACCUUGGCCGUGGUAUUCUGGGUGUUGUUUAUGAUGACCUGCGUGGUGGGACUGGUGUUUGGGCCCAGGUUUUUCCGUAAUUGAGGGGAGAAGGAACCGAGGGGCCUGUUCCAAUACUUUUACAUGCAGCCUUCCUUCCUUUUGUCUUUCCUUGUUUCCUUCCCCAUUACUUAAGGAAGGAAGGAAGGAAGGGUGUAUUGUCACCAUAUUUGAAUAUGGCCUAAGAUCUAGACUGAACUACGGCCCACAUCAAACGUGGCCUUAAAACGUCCUGUUAACUUCAAUUCAACUGUAAAUUACAUAUCUUUAAAAUAUAUAAAAGGUUGAUGCAUACAGCCUCAUAAUCACAUGUCUAGGUCUGUUAAUUGGUGUUGAGAAAAUUAUAUAUAGACAGUUCUGAGUUUUUCCGCUAUGCACUGAUUUAGAGUUCCCUCUAGUGGUCUAAUCUAGGAGCGCCUAUUACAUUGGGGCGCCAGGUAGCCUAGUGGUUAGAGAAUUUGGCCAUUCAACAGCUUGCUUGUUUCGAAUCCCUGAUCCGAAUAGGAGAAAUGUCUACCGAUCUGCCCUUGAGCAAGGCACUUAACCCUAAUUGCUACAGGGUUGCGCAAUAAUGUCUGAUCCCUGGCCUUGACCCCACUCUAGGAGGGUGUCUCAGGGGGAGUGGAAUUUCACACCAAGCACUUGUACAGGUUACCCACUAGUACAUGUGUGAAACAGGACAAAUAUAAGCAGCCCCUAUUUGACCUUUGAUUGUAUUGGCUAUUUAUUAAAAUAUUUUCAUGUGUUUCAUAUUUUGACUCUCUCCCUGUGCAUGUGUGUGUGUGUAACAUAAUUUAGGCUACAUGAUGAAUAUGAUUUAUGACUAAUGUGGAAAAUGUAUUGUGGAAUAAAAUCUCCGGAAUAUUUGUACAUGGGGACGAGGGCACGUUGAGCAAAAACGUAAAGGGAGCAUACACGACGUCAUACGCCGCGUUGGCUUGCAACAGUCGAGAGAAACAGUCCCCCUUCCCUCCGUAUGUUUUUGUUGGGGGAAAAGUUGUGGGUGGCCGACAGUGUGAAGCCUGUUAGCUUUCUCUUCCAUAGUUUUUGUGGGACAGCUGAAAAAAAGAGUUUGGAGAAAUGGCGGAAACCAAAAUAAUAUACCACAUCGACGAGGAGGAGACGCCGUAUUUGGUGAAGAUUCCGAUUCCUGCCGAAAAUAUCACUUUGUUGGAUUUUAAACAGGUCUUGAACAAGCCCAACUAUAAAUUCUUCUUCAAGUCUAUGGACCAGGAUUUUGGGGUGGUGAAGGAAGAGAUCUCGGAUGAAAGUGCUAAGCUCCCGUGCUUUAACGGCCGUGUGGUGUCAUGGUUGGUAUCAUCAGACACCCCAGCAGCAGCAGAGCUGGUAUCACCAGUCCUUCCUCCGCCCCCAGCAGAAGUCCGGCCCCUGCCCUCACCCCCUCCUCCUCCCCUCCCACCCCCACCUGUUGAGAGGACCGGGGGCAUCGGUGACUCCAGACCCCCAUCAUUCCAUCCCAAUGCAGCAGACAGUGUGGAGAACCUGGAUGACCAGUCGGAAACAGAGUCUGUGGUGUCCUUUAGGAGAGAGCGACCCAGACACAGGGAGGCCAUGGAGCAGCGUGGGCCGAGGAUGAACGGCCAGAGUGGCAUGGAGCGCCACCUAGCGGGCUAUGAGAGUGCUACAACUGUGAUGAGCAGCGAGCUGGACACCACCAGCUUCUGUGACUCUGAGGAGGAUGACACCAUCAGCCGAUUCAGCGGCUCCACGGAGCAGAGCACGGCUUCCAGGCUGCUCAAACGCCACCGCAGACGCAGGAAACAGCGCCCCCCGAGGCUAGAAAGGGCGUCGUCAUUCAGCAGUGUGACAGACUCCACCAUGUCUUUGAACAUCAUCACCGUCACACUCAACAUGGAGAAGUACAACUUCCUGGGUAUCAGCAUCGUGGGGCAGAGCAACGAGAGGGGCGACGGGGGCAUCUACAUCGGCUCCAUCAUGAAGGGAGGGGCGGUGGCAGCAGACGGACGCAUCGAACCCGGGGACAUGCUGCUACAGGUGAACGACAUCAACUUUGAGAACAUGAGCAACGAUGACGCUGUGCGUGUGCUGAGGGAGAUCGUACACAAACCGGGACCCAUCAUCCUGACAGUGGCAAAGUGCUGGGACCCGUCACCUCAGGGCUACUUCACACUCCCUCGCAAUGAGCCAAUCCGGCCAAUAGACCCAGCAGUGUGGGUGAACCACUCGGUGGCUCUGACGGGGGCCUACCCCCCCUACACCGCCAGCUCCGCUCUCAGCACCGUCACCUCUUCCUCCUCCGUCACGGAGACAGAACGUUUUGAUGACUUCAACCUGUCCCUCCACUCUGACAUGGCGUCGGUGGCUAAGGCCAUGGCGUCCCCGGAGUCUGGCCUGGAGGUCAGAGACAGGAUGUGGCUCAAGAUCACCAUCCCCAACGCCUUCCUGGGUUCUGACGUGGUGGAGUGGCUUUACCACCACAUCGAGGGCUACCAGGACCGCCGCGAGGCCCGGAAGUACGCCAGCAACCUGCUGAAGGCCGGCUUCAUCCGCCACACGGUCAACAAGAUCACCUUCUCAGAGCAGUGCUACUACAUCUUCGGAGACUUCAGCGACUGCGAGAACUACAUGGCCAACCUGUCCCUGAACGACAACGACGGCUCCAGUGGGGCCUCUGACCAAGACACCCUGGCCCCCCUGCCGCUCCCGGGGGUCACGCCCUGGCCCCUGCUACACUCCUUCCCCUCCUUCCAGUACCCCCACCCCCACCCCUACUCCAGUCAACCCCCACCCUACCACGAGCUGUCCAGUUACAGCUUCGCCCCAGGCAGCACGGGCACGGCCAGCCAGCACAGCGAAGGGAGUCGGAGCAGUGGGUCUACAAAGAGUGAGGGUGGCGAGAGGCGGCGGGGAAUUAAGGGAGGUCCUGGCAGCACGGUGGUGGGGGGGGGGGCAGGAGGAGAAAAGUCCCCCUCUGGAGGAGAAGGGGAGGGCUCGGGCAGCGGCAGCGAAUCGGAAUACUCUGUCCGCAGCAGCCUGAGGCGUGGCCACGGCUCAGCCACACCCAGCGAACACAGCCACACAUCACAGCGCUCGCAUCAUCACCGCAUGCCCCCCCACAUGUCGCCCUACCCCCCCGGGAUGCCCAUGCCCUACAACCCUAUGAUGGUGAUGAUGGUGCCCCAACACCCACACAUGGGACACCCAAACAUGGGACACCUCCACCAGCACCAUCCCUCGGUCCCCAUGCACCCAGGCAUGGGCCCCUCCGCUGUCCCUGGAGGACCACCCGGGGCCCCCCCAACCCGUGACCUGGGCUCUGUGCCCCCUGAGCUGACCGCCUCGCGCCAGUCCUUCCACCUAGCAAUGGGCAACCCCAGCGAGUUCUUUGUGGAUGUCAUGUAGUCUGAUUGUGUGCUUGUGAGCUGGACAGACCUGCAAUCAAGAGGUCAGAUCUAGGAGCAGCAACUCCCCCCACAACGUUCCACAUAUCUUAUGACUCCAAAACAUGUUGCUGGACUCCAUAUCAGAUAAGCCGCAACUCUUGUUUGAUUUCAAGCAUGUAUAUUGGUUUAGUUCUGCCUCUCACGCCAUCUGUGAAGCUGUUGUGUGUUUUCUAACUGAUUUCCCUUUUAGCAUCGUGUUUGUUUUUCCUACCUGGGACUGACUGACUGAUUGGCUGGGUGUAAGGAACAGUAGUGGUCUUUCAUUGAAUUGACCGAAGUAACAUUAACGGGCCAAAUGAAGAGUCGUCGCCAAGUGUCCUGAGGACUAGAACAGUAGAGGGCGCCACUUGCUCUUAUUUUCUAUAGGGAAGAAGACAUUUGAGAAGGUGAAAUGUAUCAUGUUUUCAUUGAUUUAUGAACAUGGUGGGACAUUAAGUAAAGUAUCCCAUUUUGUAUGAAUUUGUGUGCCAAUUAGUUUUAAAUGCAAUCGUACAGAAUAGUUCAUGUUAAGAUACAGGCCAACUUCUGUCUAGUAUUCAGAGGAUAGAUACCUCAAAUGACAAGAAUGGGUGCCAUGUAUUGUAACACUGUCUUGGACUAUGUGGUAUAGGAAAUGGUACUUGGAGGAAGAAGAGGGUAAACCAAAAUGGUACUUUUGGGAUUGAGUCAUGAGUUUUCUCUCUUUAAAUAACUGUGAUCCUCCUCAUAUUUUGUAUGUUACUGACGCACAUAAGCGUCCAUUUUGUACGAGUGAAUAUAUAUAUAUAUAUAUAUAUAUAUAUAUGAUCUCGUUUAACACAUGACAAAAUGCAGAUAUCUGUCCACAAGAGAUGAGGAUGUAUAACCGAACCAUAAAGGUGCUAAAUGAAGUCAAUAUUUUCAAAAGUAUAGCAGUGUCACAUUGGGGUGUCAUUUUUUUGGUUUGAUUUCGUUAUUGUCACUUUUGUUUCUGUAUUUGAGAAUAAAUGUGUAAUAGACUGAAAUCCAAA